GUGGUUACACAUUGUUUGUUACAAUGCUGGAGUUUAAUUACAACUGAGAGGGACGCAGACUCAAAAGCAGGAUCUGACCCAGAGCCGGUCGGACUGUCUCUGAUGCAGACUCUGGUGGGGGGAGGGGGCAGUGCGGAUCUUUCCCGUCAUUCCCUGCAGCAGCAGCUCCUCCCUUCUCCCGUCGCUCUGGGUCCGCGUCUCCGUCCUCUCCGAGUCGGACUCUUCAUCUCAGCUGAGCUUGGAUCUUCGGCCCAGUCAGAGCAGGUCUCAGCUAGAAGUUGCUAAUGUGGUCUCAUCUCCGCUGACGUCAUGAUGACGACUGUUGCGACUGAGUAUGAGCACAUGGAUCUGCAGCAGCAGUACAGCAGCAGCACCGACCCGGUCAACAACCGCUGGGACGACGACUGGGACAAUGAGAACAGCUCGGCCCGGCUCUUUGAACGCUCCCGCAUCAAGGCACUCGCAGAUGAGCGGGAGGCUGUCCAGAAGAAGACCUUUACUAAGUGGGUGAACUCCCACCUGUCCAGAGUCUCUUGCAGGAUCACAGACCUGUACAUGGAUCUGAGAGAUGGACGCAUGCUCAUCAAGCUGCUGGAGGUGCUGUCAGGAGAGAGACUGCCGAAGCCCACUAAAGGCAGGAUGCGGAUACACUGUCUGGAGAAUGUGGACAAAGCUCUGCAGUUCCUGAAGGAGCAGCGGGUUCACCUGGAGAACAUGGGAUCCCAUGACAUUGUUGAUGGAAACCACAGACUGACACUGGGCCUAAUCUGGACCAUCAUCCUUCGCUUCCAGAUUCAGGACAUCAGUGUGGAGACUGAAGACAACAAAGAGAAGAGAUCGGCAAAGGACGCUCUGCUGCUCUGGUGUCAGAUGAAGACUGCUGGGUAUCCCAAUGUUAACAUCCACAACUUUACCACAAGCUGGAGAGACGGCAUGGCCUUUAACGCUCUGAUCCACAAACACAGGCCUGAUAUCAUCGACUUUGACAAACUCAAGAAGUCCAACGCGCACUACAACCUACAGAAUGCUUUUAACCUGGCAGAGCAGCACCUGGGUCUGACCAAGCUGCUGGACCCAGAGGAUAUCAGCGUGGACCAUCCUGAUGAGAAGUCUGUCAUCACCUACGUGGUGACAUAUUACCACUAUUUCUCCAAGAUGAAGGCUCUGAAGGUGGAGGGCAAGCGUAUUGGAAAGGUGUUGGACAACGCCAUUGAAACAGAGAAGAUGAUUGAGAAGUACGAGUCUCUGGCCUCAGACCUUUUGGAGUGGAUCGAACAGACCAUUAUCAUCCUCAACAAUAGGAAGUUUGCCAACUCUCUUGUUGGAGUCCAGCAGCAGCUUCAGGCCUUCAAUACCUACCGAACAGUGGAGAAACCUCCAAAGUUCACAGAGAAGGGAAACUUGGAGGUUCUGCUCUUCACCAUCCAGAGUAAGAUGAGAGCCAAUAACCAGAAGGUCUACAUGCCCCGUGAGGGGAAACUCAUCUCAGACAUCAACAAGGCCUGGGAGCGACUGGAAAAGGCAGAGCAUGAGCGAGAGUUGGCUCUCAGGAUGGAGCUGAUUCGUCAGGAGAAACUGGAACAGCUGGCCAGACGCUUCGACCGCAAGGCGGCCAUGAGAGAAACCUGGCUCAGCGAAAACCAGAGACUGGUGUCACAGGACAACUUUGGUUUUGAUCUUCAGGCAGUUGAAGCAGCCACCAAGAAACAUGAGGCCAUAGAGACAGACAUUGCUGCAUAUGAGGAGCGGGUUCAGGCUGUGGUAGCCGUGGCUAAGGAGCUGGAGGUGGAACAUUACCACGACAUCAAGCGUAUCAUGGCCCGGAAGGACAACGUGAUCCGACUGUGGGAGUAUUUACUGGAGCUGCUGAAGGCCCGCAGACAGAGGCUGGAGAUGAACCUGGGCCUGCAGAGGGUCUUCCAGGAGAUGCUUUACAUCAUGGACUGGAUGGAUGAGAUGAAGAUGCUGCUGCUGUCUCAGGAUUAUGGGAAGCAUCUCUUGGGUGUGGAGGACCUGCUGCAGAAACACGCCCUGGUGGAGGCAGAUAUCGCCAUCCAAGCUGACAGGGUGAAGGCUGUCAGUGCCAAUGCCAACAAGUACUCUGUCAAUGACAGCGGCUACAAGCCCUGUGACCCUCAGGUAAUCCAGGACCGAGUGUCCCACCUGGAGUUCUGUUACCAGGAACUAACACAGCUGGCUGCUGAACGACGUGGUCGUCUGGAGGAGUCACGCCGUCUGUGGAAGUUCUUCUGGGACAUGGCUGAGGAGGAGGGCUGGAUUCGUGAGAAGGAGCAGAUCCUGUCCUCUCUGGAGCACGGCAAAGACCUGACAGGAGCAGUGCGUCUCCUCAGCCAGCAGCGUGCCUUGGAGGAUGAGAUGAGUGGCCGCUCUGGUCAUCUUCAGCACACCAUAGCAGAAGGCCACGCCAUGGUGAAGGCCGACCACUUUGGUGCCACUAAGAUCCAGGAUCGUAUUGCUGACCUGCAGGCUCAGUUGGCAGAGCUGGAGCAGCUGGCAGCAGUGAGGAAGAAAAGGCUGGAGGAGGCUCUGGCUCUGCACCAAUUCCAGGCUGAUGCUGAUGAUGUCGAUGCCUGGACACUGGACUGUCUGCGCAUCGUGUCGAGUGGAGAAACAGGUCAUGAUGAGUUCUCCACCCGGGCUCUGGUCAAGAAGCACAAAGAUGCAGCUGCAGAGGUGGCCAGCUACCGGCCGGUUAUCGACUCGCUCCACGAGCAGGCCAGCACUCUGCCCAAGGAGGUGGCAGAGUCAGAGGAUGUGUACGGUCGACUGGCAGGGAUCGAGGAGCGCUACAAGGAGGUGGCUGAGCUGACGAAGCUGAGGAAGGAGGCGCUUCAGGAUGCGCUGGCCCUCUACAAGAUGUUCAGUGAGGCCGAUGCCUGUGAGGUUUGGAUCGAUGAGAAGGAGCUGUGGCUGAACUGUAUGGAGAUCCCAGAAAAACUGGAGGACCUGGAAGUCAUACAGCACAGGUUUGAAAGCCUGGAGCCAGAGAUGAAUAACCAGGCAUCACGAGUUGCUGUGGUCAACCAGAUUGCCAGGCAGCUGAUCCACAGUGGCCAUCCCAGCGAGAAGGACAUCAAGACCCAGCAGGACAAACUCAACAACAGGUGGAGCCAAUAUCGCAAGACGGUGGACCAGAAGAAGGAGUCGCUGAACUCUGCUCUGGGUGUGCAGAACUACCAUCUAGACUGUAACGAGACCAAGUCCUGGAUUAAAGAAAAGACCAAAGUCAUUGAGUCCACCCAGGAGCUGGGCAACGAUCUCACUGGGGUCAUGGCCUUGCAGCGCAAACUAACCGGUAUGGAGCGGGACCUGGCAGCCAUUGAAGACAAGCUGUGCGACCUACGGGGGGAGGCCCAGCAACUAGCAGAAGAGCACCCUGAUCAGGCCAAGGGCAUUACGGGCCGCCUGGCAGAGAUCACAGCCGUCUGGGAGGAGAUGAAAAACACUCUGAAGAACCGGGAGGAGUCUCUGGGUGAAGCCAGGAAGCUGCAGCAGUUCCUGCGUGAGCUAGAUGACUUCCAGUCCUGGCUGUCUCGCACACAGACAGCCAUUGCAUCAGAGGAUAUGCCCAACACGCUGGCUGAAGCCGAGAAGCUCAUGGCCCAACAUGAAGGCAUCAAGAACGAGCUCCAGAACUACGAAGAGGACUACCAGAGGAUGCGAGACAUGGGGGAGAUGGUGACGCAGGGACAAACAGACGCCCAGUACAUGUUCCUACGACAGAGGCUGCAAGCGCUCGACACCGGCUGGAAUGAACUUCACAAGAUGUGGGAGAACCGUCAGAACCUUCUGUCUCAGUCCCACGCCUACCAGCUGUUCCUCAGGGACACCAAGCAGGCCGAGGCCUUCCUCAACAACCAGGAGUACGUCUUGGCUCAUACCGAGAUGCCCACAACUCUGGAGGGUGCCGAGGCCGCCAUCAAGAAGCAGGAGGACUUCAUGACCACCAUGGACGCCAACGAGGAUAAGAUCAACGGUGUGGUGGAGGCCGGCAGGCGGCUAGCAAGUGAUGGCAACGUCAAUGCUGAACGUAUCCAGGAGCGAGUCUCCUCCAUCGACGAGAGGCACAAGAAGAACCGCGAGGCAGCUGUGGAGCUGCUGAUGAGGCUGAAGGAUAACAGAGACCUGCAGAAGUUCCUUCAGGACUGCCAGGAGCUUUCUCUGUGGAUUAAUGAGAAGAUGCUCACAGCCCAGGACAUGAGCUACGACGAGGCCAGAAACCUGCACAGCAAGUGGCUGAAGCACCAGGCCUUCAUGGCUGAGCUGCAGUCUAACAAGGAGUGGCUGGACAAGAUCCAGAAGGACGGCAUGCUCUUGGUGUCAGAGAAGCCGGAGACGGGGGCGCUGGUGAAGGAGAAGCUGACGGUGCUCCGCUCGAUGUGGGAGGAGCUUGAGUCGACCACCCAGACCAAAGCUCAGUGCCUGUUUGACGCCAACAAGGCCGAGCUGUUCACACAGAGCUGUGCCGACCUCGAUAAGUGGCUGAGUGGCCUGGAGGGUCAGAUUCAGUCUGAUGACUACGGCAAAGACCUGACGUCUGUCAACAUCCUGCUCAAGAAGCAACAGAUGCUGGAGAAUCAGGUGGAGGUGCGUCAGAGGGAGGUGGUGGAGCUGCAGAGCCAGGUGAAGGCUUUGGGUCAAGAAGUGAAGGACACAGACGAGGUGGACGGCCGGAGGCAGGUGGUGGAGCUGAAGUUCCAGGAGCUGCUGGAGCCGCUGAGGCUCCGCAAGAACUUUCUGGUGGCUUCAAGAGAAGUUCACCAGUUCAACCGAGACAUCGAGGACGAGAUCUUGUGGGUCCAGGAGAGGAUGCCUGUGGCCACAUCCACUGACCACGGACACAACCUGCAGACCGUCCAGCUCCUCAUCAAGAAGAACCAGACUCUGCAGAAGGAGAUCCAAGGUCAUCAGCCCCGCAUUGAUGACAUCCUGCAGCGCAGUCAGAGCCUUUUGCAGGACGAGUCCCUGAACUCAGGCGUCAUGCGCCAGCGCCUGGCCAACCUGCAGGGGCUGUGGAGGCAGCUGAUGGAAGAGGUGGAGCGCCGACACGGCAGAAUGGAGGAGGCCCACAAAGCCCAGCAGUACUACUUUGAUGCUGCAGAGGCUGAGGCCUGGAUGAGCGAGCAGGAGCUGUACAUGAUGUCCGAGGAGAAGGCCAAGGACGAGCAGAGCGCUGUCACCAUGCUGAAGAAGCACCAGAUUGUGGAGCAGGCGGUGGAGGACUACGCUGAGACAGUCCACCAGCUGUCCAAGACCAGCAGAGGCCUGGUGGCUGAUGGACAUCCUGAGAGUGAACGCAUCAGCAUGCGUCAGUCCCAGGUGGACAAGCUGUACGCCGGGCUCAAGGACCUGUCUGAGGAGAGGCGGGGGAAGCUGGAUGAGAGGCUCCGUCUCUUCCAGCUGAACCGUGAGGUGGACGACCUGGAGCAGUGGAUCGCUGAGCGUGAAGUGGUGGCUGGGUCACACGAGCUAGGACAGGAUUAUGAACACGUCACGAUGUUGCAGGAGCGUUUCCGUGAGUUUGCCAGGGACACCGGGAACAUCGGCCAGGAACGCGUGGACGCCGUGAACCACCUGGCAGACGAGCUGAUUAAUGCAGGUCAUGGCGACGCUGCAACGGUGGCAGAAUGGAAAGAUGGACUGAACGAGGCCUGGGCCGACCUGCUCGAGCUCAUCGACACCAGGACGCAGAUCCUGGCUGCCUCAUUCGAGCUCCACAAGUUCUACCACGACGCCAAGGAGAUCCUGGGACGGAUCCUGGGCAAGCAGAAGAAGCUGCCGGAGGAGGUCGGUCGAGACCAGAACACGGUGGAGACGCUACAGAGGAUGCACACCACCUUUGAACACGACAUCCAGGCCCUGGGGACACAGGUGCGGCAGCUGCAGGAGGAUGCAGUCCGCCUCCAGUCUGCGUACGCUGGGGACAAAGCCGACGACAUUCAACGCCGAGAGAGCGAGGUGUUAGAGGCGUGGAGGAGUCUGCUGGAGGCCUGUGAUGGGCGCCGGAUCCGUCUGCUUGACACCGGGGACAAGUUCAGGUUCUUCAGCAUGGUCCGAGACCUGAUGCUGUGGAUGGAAGACGUGAUCAGACUGAUUGAGGCCCAGGAAAAACCCAGGGACGUGUCGUCGGUGGAGCUGCUGAUGAACAACCACCAGGGCAUCAAGGCGGAGAUCGACGCUCGCAACGACAGCUUCACGGCCUGCAUCGAGCUGGGGAAGGCGCUGCUGGCUCGGAAGCACUACGCUUCAGAGGAGAUCAAAGAGAAGCUACUGCAGCUGACAGACAAGAGGAAAGAGAUGAUUGACAAGUGGGAGGAUCGGUGGGAGUGGCUGCGCCUCGUCCUGGAGGUGCACCAGUUCUCCCGGGAUGCAGGCGUGGCCGAAGCCUGGCUGCUGGGCCAGGAGCCGUACCUGUCCAGCAGGGAGGUAGGUCAGAGCGUGGACGAGGUGGAGAAGCUCAUCAAACGCCAUGAGGCCUUUGAGAAAUCGGCCGCCACCUGGGAGGAGCGCUUCUCUGCUCUGGAGCGUCUGACCACGAUGGAGCUGCUGGAGGUGCGGAGGCAGCAGGAAGACGAGGAGCGGAUGAGGAAGCCGCCGUCUCCAGAACCAGCUGCGGUUCUGCAGGAGGAGUCUCAGCAGAGAGUCAUCACUCAGAACGGACUGGCCUCGGACCAGGACUCUCCUGGGGAUGGCGUGGACGAUGGAGACCUGGUGAAUGGCGUGGUGGAGCGCAGCUCCAAAGAUCCCAGCCCCGCUCCCUCUCCAGAUGUGGGUCGGAAGACUAAAACGAGCUCGUCCACACUGCCCUCCAAGAACCAGGACUCGUCCUCGCAGCUGGAGGGGCCUCUGCACCGCAAACAUGAGUGGGAGGGCCACAACAAGAAGGCGUCCAACAGGUCCUGGCACAACGUGUACUGUGUCAUCAACAACCAGGACAUGGGGUUCUACAAGGACAGCAAGGCAGCGGGUCAGGGGGUCCCAUACCACAACGAGGAGCCCAUCAGCCUGAAAGAGGCAACCUGCGACGUGGCUUCAGACUACAAGAAGAAGAAACAUGUCUUCAAAGUCAGACUGAUGGAUGGAAACGAGUUUCUGUUCCAAGCCAAAGAUGAGGAAGAGAUGAGCACCUGGAUCCAGGCCAUCCUGAACGUCAGCACUGGCAGUCGCUCAGACGUGCGGGGCAGCAACCCGAGCACGCCGUCGACCGGGCGCGCUCAGACGCUGCCAGCCACCGUCACCCUCACCACGGAGUCCAGUCCCGGCAGGAGGGAGAAGGACAAGGAGAAGGAAAAAGAGAAACGUUUCAGCCUGUUCAGCAAGAAGAAGCAGUAAAAAAGAUGAAGCACUUUGGUGAAACUGAGUAAAUGAGGCAGGAAGCCUGAGAACGCAGAGAACUGGAACCUGCUGCAGAGUUCCGUCCACAUUCCACAGAGUCUGUGUAGCAUCUAUAAGAACAUCCGUACCAGGUUUCAGAGCCAUUCGUGUACCAGCUGUCGACCUCCUGAGUCUAAUUCAAGGUCGACAGCUGAGGAUGCUAAUAAUUGUAAAGUUUCACUGAAGUGCAGUGUCUGAUUGUUUAUUUCUUCCCAGUUUGUUGUUUUGUUUUAAUUUUUGCGAGGUCUGUUGUGUGGUGUAAGAUGUGACUUAGGACACAGCACCUCAUAAUUAACAAACAACAGGUCACCUCUGGUUCCCAGAACAAAAAGGAUAUUUAGGAUCUGACUGAAUUCUUCUCAAAAACAUUCCAGUUUUCCGUUGGGGAAGGUGUUGAGCAGGCCGACCUGUCAGAUGUCCAUGAUCUGUCUGAGGCACUAGUUGUCAUCUGGGGUUCUGUCCACCUGUUUGCUCAUAAUGAACUGCUGUUGUGUGUAAACUCUUUAACGUCAAUCGAGACCACACACUUUUCUUUGGUUUCCCUAUUUUUUGUUUAUUUUUUUUUAAUUUUUUUUUUGUAUUUUUUAUUACAUUUUUUGUUGUUUUUCUACUUUUUUAACUCUUAUUUCCUCAGUUUUGUGAGGGGGUCUUCGGAAACAUCCUGCAUCCUUCCUCUGCCGUUGAGAAAUUGGACCAAUAGUGCUUUUUAUUUUGAAUAAUUUGAAAUUUUUUCUGUCAUGAACAGCUGCCGCUUUAAGGAGCUGUGUAAUGUAGAAACCACCUGCAUGCUUCACCAGGCUUAGAGCAUCACACAAACCUGAAGCUCUGUGUUGGUUCUUGUUUAUCUUUUGUUCAGUUCUGCUGGUUCUCCAGGUAACGAGAACCUGUGUGUACAAUAAACACUUUGAUGUUCGGUGGGAGUCGUGGGUGGUGAGCAAAGAUAUAGGUCGCUUGCUUGUCGGUUCUCAGCACUGCGCUGCUCCUUGAUGCUCGUCUUAUUCUGUCACUGUAUCUAUUGUAAUGAACAUGUAGGGAAGUUCCCGCCAUCUUACUGCACAAUCAGAACCGCAUCUAUGGGAAUGAAGAAGGUCCAAUAUUUAAACAGACGUUAGAUCAUAAAGGCUUUUCUCAUGUAUGAACUGCACUUGUAGACUUUAAAGCUCUCUCUCUGUCAAAUAUGUGCAAUGUCAUUAAAGCUUUUAAACUUUACACAUCAA